UCCCCACCUAGUACUAACCUCGUCACGUCCAUUGUGUCCUGAGCAAGACACUUCACCCUUGCUCCUGAUGGGUGCUGGUUAGCACCUUGCAUGGCAGCUCCCUCCAUCAGUGUGUGAAUGGGUAAAUGUGGAAGUAGUGUCAAAGAGUACCUUGAAAGUAGAAAAGCGCGAUACAAGUACAACCCAUUUAUAGAGGUUGUCGUCUGAAAACACACAUGUCGUCUGAAAACACACAUGAGCAGACACACUGGAGAAAAACCUUUUAUCCGUUCAAUAUGUGGUAAUGGUUUUACACAAAGUUGGAGUUUGAAAGUGCACAUGAGAAUACACAGUGGUAAAAAACAUUUUGUCUGUUCAACCUGUGGCAAAGGUUUUGUAGAAAGUCACAAUUUGAAAAUACACAUGAGAACACACACUGGUAAAAAACCUUUUUCCUGUUCAACCUGUGGUAAAGGUUUUACAGAAAGUCAAAAUUUGAAAAGACACAUGAGAACACACACUGGUGAAAAACCUUUUUCUUGCUCAGAAUGUGGUAAAGAUUUUGUACAAAGUCCCCUUUUAAAAGCACACAUGAGAACACACACUGGUGAAAAACCUUUUGUCUGUUCAAUCUGUGGUAAAGAUUUUACAGAAAGUCGAUGGUUAAAAGUGCACAUGAGAACACACACUGGUGAAAAACCGUUUUCCUGUUCAGUCUGUGGUAAAGGUUUUACACAAAGUCAUCAUUUAAAACUGCACGACAGAACACACACUGGUGAAAAACCUUUUUCCUGUUCAAUCUGUGAUAAAGGUUUUACAGAAAACUGGUGUUUGAAAGUAAACAAGAGAACACACUCUGGUGAAAAUUCACAUUCCUGUUCAAUCUGUAACAGAAGCUUUUGUCAACAAUCAAAGCUUGUAGCACACAUGAGAAGACACCCAGGAGAGAAAGUGUUGAGUUGCAGUGUGUGUGGUGAAAGAUUGUCUUCUAAGUAGCAGUGUAAGAAACACAAGUGUGCUGGUGAGAACAGCAGCAGCAAAUGAAACUGCAGGAUUUGAAAUAAACUGUCCAGACUUUCAUUUUGACUUUCUAACAACAUCAGCACAUAUAACAUGUGUGACAUUGUUGUUUGUCUAACAAUCUGUGUAAUAUGCUUCCACAUUUAUAGAUUAGAUAUUUUAUAUUAAUCCUUUUUUCAGUCAAGCACAUGCAUUAAUAUGCAACAUUGUGUACUUUUAUUAAAAAAUGGACAGAACAAUUUGAGUAAAAAGCUGAGUAAACAGUACAACACACAUUUUACAUGCAAUAAACAUUUUGUGCGUAUGUACACACACACAC